CGUCUUUCUCCUAACUAUAAUAAUGCCAAAGAACAGUACGGCUUUCUUUACCACUUGAAAAGCCUUCGACUCUCUCCAUCUCUCUCUCCACCCAAACAAGGGAAAGAAACGGAUAUAUCGGAUAACAAUCGUCGUUUUCCCUUUCCCAGGACGAGCGCUGCUUCGCAAUUUUGCCGUCCGGUGAAACGAAAUAAAUUGAAGAGAAAAAAACGACGACAGCAGUGUAGCGUGAGUAUCAGUUUACCUGACGGAGGAGUUCGUGAAUGUUCUUGCUUCUGCUGGGAGUUCUAUGAAGUGAUUCCGAAAGGCAUUCUCAGAUCUGCAACUGUCAUCAGUUUUCUCGCUCUCAAGUUUGGGAUUUUUUCCUUCUUGUUUUGGUGGUCUGGCAUUAUCGCGAUUGAACAGCAGAUUGGAAUAAUCUUUUAGAAGGGCCUGAUGGCUACGCUUCAAGAUAUAGGGCUUGCAGCAGCAAUCAAUAUUCUGAGCGCAAUUAUUUUCCUUGUGUUAUUUGCCAUAUUACGGCUUCAACCUAUGAAUGAUAGGGUGUACUUUCCGAAGUGGUACCUCAAGGGUUUAAGAGGCAGUCCUUCACGCUCGGGAGCAUUUGUAGGACAGUUUGUCAAUUUGGACUUCAGAUCAUAUUUGAGGUUCCUGAAUUGGAUGCCCGAGGCACUGAAAAUGCCAGAACUUGAGCUUAUUGACCAUGCAGGAUUGGAUUCUACUGUUUAUUUACGGAUUUACUUGCUAGGGCUCAAAAUUUUUGUUCCUAUAACAUUGCUUGCAUGGGUUAUCCUGGUACCAGUUAACUGGACAAAUAACAUGUUAGACGGAGACAACGUAAUUUUCAGCAGCAUUGAUAAGCUUUCUGUAUCAAACAUUCCUCUCAAAUCGCACAGAUUUUGGGCUCAUAUAAUAAUGGCUUAUAUCUUCACUUUUUGGACUUGCUAUGUGUUACGAAAAGAGUAUGAAACAGUUGCGUCAAUGAGGUUGCAUUUUCUUGCCUCUGAAAGACGCCGUCCUGAUCAAUUCACGGUCCUUGUUAGGAAUGUACCUCCAGAUCCUGAUGAAUCAGUUAGCGAGCUUGUGGAACACUUUUUCCUUGUCAACCAUCCAGAUAACUAUCUUAUUCAUCAGGUCGUUUACAAUGCAAACAAACUUGCGAAACUGGUGAAGGAAAAGAAGAGUAAGCAAAACUGGCUUGACUAUUAUGAGCUGAAAUAUUCUAGAAAUCAAUCAAAACGGCCUGUCAAGAAGACUGGUUUCCUUGGCCUCUGUGGUGAGAAGGUGGAUGCAAUUGAUUUUGAGACAUCUGAAAUCAAGAGAUUGUCAAAAGAAAUAACUGAAGAGCGAGAACGGGUUAUAAUGGAUCCGAAAUCUAUCAUGCCAACUGCAUUUGUCUCCUUCAAAAGUCGGUGGGGUGCUGCUGUUUGUGCACAAACCCAACAAUCCCGAGAUCCAACUGCAUGGUUGACAGAGUGGGCCCCAGAGCCCCGUGAUGUCUAUUGGCAAAAUCUGGCAAUUCCUUAUGUUCAACUGACAAUCAAAAGGCUUAUAAUUGCUGUUGCCUUCUUUUUCCUCACAUUCUUCUUUAUGAUCCCGAUUGCAUUUGUGCAAUCCCUUGCAAACAUCGAGGGUAUUGAAAAAAAACUAAGCUUUCUGAAGGUCAUUAUUGAAGUACCUUUCAUCAAAUCACUCAUCCAAGGUGUUCUGCCUGGACUUGCUUUGAAGCUUUUUCUCAUGUUUCUGCCAGCGAUAUUGAUGCUGAUGUCUAAAUUUGAAGGCUUUAUAAGUAUCUCAUCUCUGGAGAGGAGGUCGGCAUCUAGAUUUUACAUCUUCAGUUUCGUGAAUGUGUUCCUUGGAAGUAUAAUAGCAGGAACUGCAUUUGAGCAACUUAAUUCAUUUGCUAAGCAGUCGGCAAACCAAAUCCCAAAAACCAUUGGGGUAGCAAUUCCAAUGAAAGCAACUUUCUUCAUAACCUAUAUAAUGGUCGAUGGAUGGGCUGGUAUUGCUGGGGAGAUUUUAAGGUUGAAACCACUGAUUUUCUAUCACUUGAAGAAUUUUUUCUUGGUGAAGACUGAAAAGGAUAGGGAGGAAGCAAUGGAUCCAGGGAGUCUGGGUUUCAAUACUGGCGAACCUCAAAUACAACUCUAUUUUCUACUGGGUCUUGUUUAUGCCGUGGUGACACCGCUUCUACUUCCUUUCAUAUUGGUUUUCUUCGGCUUUGCGUAUCUAGUAUUCCGCCAUCAGAUCAUAAAUGUCUACAACCAAGAGUAUGAAAGUGGUGCAGCGUUUUGGCCUGAUGUCCAUGGACGCGUAAUAACUGCAUUGGUCAUUUCACAAGUGCUGCUUAUGGGAUUGAUAGGUACAAAAGAAGCUGCUCAGUCAACACCAUUUCUGAUUGCUCUCCCAAUAUUGACCAUAGCGUUCCAUAGGUUCUGCAAAGGCCGUUACGAGCCUGCAUUUAUCAGAUAUCCAUUGCAGGAAGCGAUGAUGAAAGACACUUUAGAACAUGCUAGGGAACCGAAUCUCAAUCUCAAAGGCUACCUCCAAAAUGCUUACAUCCAUCCUGUUUUCAAAGCUUGCAAUGAGGAUGAAGAUGAAGAUGGAGAUGGAGAAUUCAACAAAAACUGGGGGGAGGAGAGCGUACUGGUCCCCACAAAGCGACAGUCGCGCAGAAACACUCCUGUGCCCAGCAAAGUUAGCGCUAACUCCUCACCACCGUAUUCUCUACCUGACGUUGUUGAGGAACAUAUGCAGCCUUAAAUCUUGGUCCACGAGAGUCAACGUGUCUGUACAUUUCGUAGUUUGCAUUGUUGAAAGCAGUGGAGAAGGGUCGCAUUGUAACGUUAGCAGAAAUAACUUGGUUUGGUGUGCGCGUGUAUGUAUUUACAUAUAAGUAUAGAGAUAGAGGAGAGAGAGUUGCGCAACCGCUGGUUUUGAAAGAUGAUUCUGGAUAUUUGUGGGAAAAUACAGGAUGAGCAGAGGCAGGCGCAGUAGGAGUGAGUGUGUGGAUUUUCUUGUAAGUAAUUUGUUCAUUUACUAGUUUAAUAAAAAUAUGGCCAUAUUUUGUUCUUGUU